AUGAAGUGGGGAUGGACCGGGGCGUUGCUGGCCUGGUUUGUGACAACCGCAUCAUGCUGGCCGUACGACGAGAACCUGGUCAAAUACAACCUCAAUGAGAAUAAAACCGCCACAAACCCGGCGGAGUACUGGGGAGAAUGGCCGGACCAUAAGGGCAAAUACUUCCCCUCCCCGGAGAACUGGCGGUUUCCCUUUUAUACCCUGUUUUUGGAUCGAUUCGUGAACGGUGACCCGGAGAACGAUAAUAUCAACGGGACCCAGUUCGAGCAUGAUAUCAGCUCCAACCAGAUGCGUCAUGGUGGUGAUGUCGCGGGUUUGGUCGCUACUUUGGACUAUUUACAGGGAAUGGGGAUCAAAGGCAUCUAUCUGGCUGGAACGGCCCUCAUGAACCAGCCUUGGGGCGCGGAUGGUUACUCUGCAUUGGAUACAACGCUUUUGGAUCAGCAUUUUGGUGACAUUGCAACCUGGCGCAAUGCGAUCACUGAGAUCCACAAUCGGGGGAUGUAUGUGGUAUUCGAUAACACUAUUGCUACCCUCGGUGAUCUCAUCGGCUUCGAAGGCUACCUCAACACCACCACCCCAUUCUCGGUCAAGGAGCACAAGGCGUUGUGGAAAACCGAUCGCCGCUACGUAGACUUUGACAUCGGCAACGACUACAACGCGACGUGCGAUUACCCCCGUUUCUGGUACGAAGACGGUCUUCCGCUUCCCGCGGACCAGGCCGAUCAGCUGGUGGGCUGCUACAACAGCGAUUUCGAUCAGUACGGCGAUAUUGAAGCUUUCGGUGUGUUCCCGGAUUGGAAGCGUCAGCUGGCCAAGUUCGCGUCCGUGCAGGAUCGUCUGCGAGAAUGGGUUCCUAGCGUGCGAGAGCGGCUGAUCCGUCACUCCUGCAUAAUCAUCGCCUCCUUGGAUAUCGACGGUUUCCGGUACGAUAAAGCCACCCAGGCGACGGUCGAUGCGCUCGGCGAGAUGUCCAUGGCGUACCGGGAAUGUGCCCGCGCCGUGGGCAAGAACAACUUCUUCAUCUCCGGAGAAAUUACCGGUGGUGAUUACUUCGGUUCCAUCUACCUCGGACGAGGCAGGCAGAAAAACCAGUGGCUCUCUGAUUUCUCCCAGGGCCCUAAGAUGACGAAUGAGUCUGGUGCCCAAAAUUUCCUGCGUGAGGCCGGCCAUGAAGCCCUUGAUAGUGCUGCAUUCCACUAUUCCGUCUACCGAUCCCUUACCCGUUUCCUUGGGAUGGACGGUAAUCUCGCUGCGGGUUAUGAUGUCCCUCUGGAUUGGGUCAAGAUGUGGCAACAGAUGCUGCAGUCGAACGACUUCGUCAAUGCGAACACGGGCAAAUUCGACCCCCGCCACAUGUACGGUGCGACCAACCAGGAUGUCUUCCGGUGGCCAACUUUGCAGUUGGGUGUUGAGCGGCAGUUGUUGGGUAGUUAUAUCACGACAAUGCUCCUUCCCGGUAUCCCUCUAUUGCUCUGGGGUGAGGAGCAGGCCUUCUAUGUGCUUGAUGCCACCGCUACCAACUAUAUUUAUGGUCGUCAGGCCAUGUCCCCUGCAACCGCCUGGAGAGACCAUGGCUGCUUCAGUAUGGACUCCUCGCAGUACUACCAUUGGCCGAUUGAUUCUGGCCGGAAAGGUUGCCAAGAUGAAACAGUCGCCUAUGACCAUCGGGACCCUUCCCACCCUGUGCGCAAUAUCCUUAAGCAUAUGUAUCAGUUGCGUGAGCAAUAUCCCGUUCUCAAUGAUGGCUAUACCCUGAACAAAUUGUCCAACUCGACCACGCCAAUACACUACCCGGGUUCCAACGAAACUGCCACUGAGACGGGCAUGUGGUCUGUGAGUCGCGAGCCCGAUCUUGAUGCGAAGCAGGAUUUCGGCUCGGAUGCGAAGAACUCGCCUGUCUGGAUGGUCUACCAGAAUUACAACCAAACGAUCGAUUACAAGUUCAAUUGUACCGAUCCAGAGCAUGCUUUGAUCGCUCCCUACCCUGCCAACACCGUCGUCCAGAACUUGUUUUACCCCUUCGAUAACCUCACAUUGACCACCGGCCCGUCUCAACGAACUUUUGGAAAUGAAACAUUGUUUGAAGGUUGUUAUGGCAAUCUGACCCUCAAAGCAUUCGAGUUCCGGGCCUACGUACCGCAGAAGUGGCAUGUCAUGCCUCGCCCGAUGAUCACCGGCUUCGAACCUGGCCAUGACUAUCCCGUUCCUUCCACUGUGAAGCCUGACGCGUCUGAGAAUGUGCCCAUUAAGCUGUAUUUCUCCGAGCCGAUGGAUUGCGAUGGGAUCACCAAGUCUAUUUCCCUGACCUCCUCCACCGAGUCACUACAAAUUCCGUCCAUCGACUCCGGCUCCGUCUCUUGCCAGAUUCUUACCAACAUUACCACCAAGUGGACUGCUCAGAUCCCUAGCCGCUUCAUGUGGUCGGCAAAUUUGACCAAUGUCUACAACGGUAUCCACCAAAUCACUGUGAAGGAACCUAAGACUAGCAGCGGCAGCGCCUCCACCAACGCCACCGACCACUUCCUUUUCCGCAUCGGCCAGGUCGAUAAUCCGAUGGUCUUCACCAAGGCCAACUACUCGACUAGUUUGCUUCAUGAGUAUGAUAACGGGACUCUGUACAUCCAGCACCACGCCGCAGGCGCGGAUAAAUACCGCUACUCGACCAACUGGGGCACGACCUGGUCGAGCUGGACCAAGUACCAUGGCGGUAACGACACCAUUCAGGAAAUGGAGUGGCACGGCACCAAAGAACAGCAGUGGGAAGGCAAACACGUCCGCGUGGAAUAUUGGAGCGGCUUGACCGGUAGCAGCGACUACUACCAAGAAGGCGAUGUGGGCUGGAACCAUAAUGUGCCCCGUCGAUUCCCGCAUAUCCAUUUCAACGGUCCUUUUAACCAGUUUGGUUACGAUGGCGGCCUUCCCAACAAGCUCAAGCUAGACACCACCAGUGGACGAUGGAAGUACCACUUUACCUACGAGUGGCCCGCACGGGCACAGAUCAACGUUUGGGGGAUCAACCCGGAUGGUAGCCCGGACCAGAGCUGGGUUCUGGGCGACGUCGACGGUGACCACGUCCUGGACCGAAUGCCCCCAUCAUCUCUAUCGGCUACCAUGAUCAAUAUCACCGAUCCUCCGCCGUCACCUCAUCUCUCAUGGAUUAUCUCUAUCAACGACGCGACCAUGCGCUAUACGCUGGAAGGUGCCGGAGACCAAACAACGCAGAUGGCCAUGUACAUUCUCUUCUGGAUUGUGCCCCUGCUCACAGGCGUGGCUUGCGUGUACGUCUUCAUGAAAUCCUUCUACCAGGUCAAGUUCAACCAGGUCGGUGUCAGCGAGAAGCGCACGCUCAUUCCACUGGCCCUCCGGCGAAAGCUGAAGCGUGCUCGCAACGGCGAAGGCGAGGCAAUGAACCCCUUGAUGCGUCUGGCCAACAAGUCCGGUUUCCUUCAGAGCUCGACGGAUCUUGCGGCCGGCCCUGCAGCUUCCAAGCGCCGCAUGGUGCUCAUUGCCACCAUGGAAUAUGAUAUUGAGGACUGGGCCAUCAAGAUCAAGAUCGGUGGUCUCGGUGUUAUGGCUCAGUUGAUGGGAAAGACUCUCGGCCAUCAGGAUCUCAUCUGGGUCGUUCCUUGCGUCGGCGGAGUGGAUUACCCUGUUGACCGGCCAGCGGAACCCAUGGUCGUCACCAUCCUGGGCAAGCCAUAUGAGGUCCAGGUGCAGUACCACACUUUGCAAAAUAUCACCUACGUUUUGCUGGAUGCGCCGGUUUUCCGUCAGCAGACCAAGUCAGAACCCUACCCACCACGUAUGGAUGACCUCGACAGUGCCAUUUACUAUUCCGCGUGGAACCAGUGCAUUGCUCAGACGAUCAAUCGGUUCCCCAUUGACCUUUAUCAUAUCAACGAUUACCACGGAUCCCUGGCACCUCUCUACCUCCUGCCGCAAACAAUCCCCGCCUGUCUGUCUCUACACAACGCCGAGUUCCAGGGUCUCUGGCCCAUGCGGACCGAGAAGGAAAAGGAAGAGGUUUGCUCCGUCUUCAACCUAGAUAAAGAAAUCACCCGUCGAUACGUCCAAUUUGGUGAGGUUUUCAAUCUGCUCCACGCCGGUGCCAGUUAUCUGCGUGUCCACCAGCAAGGAUUCGGUGCUGUCGGUGUGUCCAAGAAAUACGGUAAACGGUCGUACGCUCGGUAUCCCAUCUUCUGGGGCCUCAAGAAGGUCGGCAACCUGCCCAACCCCGAUCCAUCGGAUGUUGGCGAGUGGAACAGGGAAAAGGCCCUCGUCAAGGGUGAGGACCCGCCUGUCGAUACGGAAUUCGAAGCUGGUCGCGCGGAGCUCAAACGCCAGGCUCAAGAAUGGGCUGGCCUGGAGCAGAACCCGGACGCUGAUCUUCUCGUGUUUGUUGGUCGAUGGUCCAUGCAGAAGGGUGUGGAUCUGAUUGCGGAUGUCAUGCCUGCUGUUCUUGAGGCUCAUCCUAACGUCCAGCUGGUCUGUGUCGGCCCUGUCAUCGAUCUGUACGGCAAGUUCGCUGCCCUGAAGCUGGAUCGUAUGAUGAAGGUCUAUCCCGGCCGCGUCUUCUCUCGUCCUCAGUUCACUGCUCUGCCCCCCUACAUCUUCUCUGGUGCUGAAUUCGCUCUCAUUCCCUCUCGUGACGAACCCUUCGGUCUGGUCGCCGUCGAAUUCGGCCGUAAGGGUGCUCUCGGUAUCGGUGCUCGCGUCGGUGGUCUCGGUCAGAUGCCUGGUUGGUGGUAUAACGUGGAGUCAAUGACCACUGCCCAUCUGCUCCAUCAGUUCAAGCUGGCGAUAGACGGUGCCUUGAACUCGAAGCCAGAAGUCCGUGCUAAGAUGCGUGCUCGUUCAGCCAAGCAGCGGUUCCCUGUCGCUCAAUGGAUUGAGGAUCUCGAGAUCCUGCAGUCUACAUCCAUCCGAAUCCAUAACAAGGAAGCCUCCAAGUCCAGCAAUCGUCCCGUGACCCCUACCGGUCCCAUGACACCUCGCGGACUGGGUGCUAUGAGCCCUAGCCUACCUGGUAGUGGAACUCAGACCCCUGUUGGCAUGCACUCUCGCGAAGCCAGCUACGUGAACCUGAGGCAAUUAGCAGAGAUUGGCCCACAGCAGCGCGACACCAUCAUUUCCUACAGCAACAACGCUGGCCGGGAGAUGACUGAGAAACCUGCUCCGGGAUUAAGUCGUAAACUGUCGCUUGGUGUCCGUUCCGGCCCUGGUCAUCUCAACCGUCCUGGUCGGCGUGGACAGCAGGACCUCGCUCCCCCUGAUCACAGAGAUGGCGGUGAUGUUUCCGAUAUCGAGGAGGAGAGUGACGAUGACUUCAUUGACCACUACUACGGUGAUGACGAAUAUACUCUCACGCCCGAGCAGGCCGAGGAAGGCCGACGACUCCAGAACAAUCCCCAGUCCCAAAGUGGACGUGCGACUCCAAGAGAACUUACGCGCUCCGUCCAAUUCCCCUCGAGCCCAUCCAUUCAUUCUGACAUGGGCCUUGCUCCCCCCACCCGGCCAUUCCUGGAAGCUGGCAGUCGUCUGAGCAGUGCCUCGGUGCUGUCCGUCGAUUCCAUCGUUGGUGACAAGAAGGACUUCAAGCUGCAAAAAGUGGAUCCUUUCUUCACGGAUAGCCAUGGCGACUACGCUCGCUUGUUCGAAAAGAGUCUGGACAGCUUGAACGGGGCCAACUCCGAGACGCAGCUCUGCAUUGAAGAGUUCCUGGUCAAGAGUGAAAAGGAAUUGUUCGACAAGUUCCGCGAUGCCAAGCUGGGUCGUCUGAACUCGCCCGCUCCAUCUGUCUUCCGUGGUAAGCGCGGUCCUUCGCCUGUGGAUUCCUACUACGGGGAUGAGGCCUCGUCGCGUAUGAGUCCGGAUGAUGAGCAGUCCCAGGAAGAUGACGAAUUUCUCCUAGGCAAGGACUACGUUCCUCCGACCGGUCUGCGCAAGUGGAUGCAGCUGCGCAUCGGAGACUGGCCAGUCUAUUCCCUCUUGUUGGGCCUGGGCCAGAUCAUCGCCGCCAAUUCGUACCAGAUCACCUUGCUGACCGGCGAGGUUGGUCAAACCGCGGAGAAGCUGUACGGAAUUGCGACCACCUACCUGAUUACCUCGAUUCUGUGGUGGUUCGUCUUCCGCUACUUCAAAUCCAUCGUCUGUCUCUCUGUCCCCUGGUUCUUCUACGGUGUGGCAUUCCUUCUCAUUGGCCUCGCCCAUUUCGAGCAUGAUGAGUUCACCCGGGGAUGGAUCCAGAACGUCGCCAGUGGCUUCUAUGCGGCCGCUUCCUCCAGCGGGUCGAUUUUCUUCGCCCUCAACUUUGGUGAUGAAAGCGGUGCGCCGGUCAAGGAAUGGGUCUUCCGUGCCUGUGUCAUCCAGGGCACGCAGCAAGCUUAUGUCAUUGCGCUGUGGUACUGGGGGUCAACGCUCACCAAGGCCUCGAGCCAGGGCCUCCUCACCUCCGAGAACAACAUCGCCAACACCUGGAAGAUGACCGCCAUCUGUGUCCCGAUUACCAUGUUCCUGUGGGGCGUUGGUCUUCUUAUGUUCUAUGGCCUUCCCAACUACUACCGCCAGAGCCCUGGCAAGGUUCCAUCCUUCUAUCGCUCGGUGUUCCGCCGCAAGAUUGUCCUCUGGAACUUUGCCGUCGUCAUCAUCCAAAACUUCUUCCUCAGUGCCCCUUACGGUCGCAACUGGAAUUUCCUCUGGAGUUCAAAUCACGCAAAGACCUGGCAGAUCGUCAUUCUCUGCAUUGUCUUCUUCGGUUUCGUCUGGGCCGGCUUCCUCUUCAUCCUCAGCCACCUCUCCAAAAAACACAGCUGGAUCCUCCCCGUGUUCGCCUGCGGUCUCGGCGCCCCCCGUUGGUGCCAGAUCUGGUGGGGUGUCUCCGGCAUCGGGUACUACCUCCCCUGGGUCGCAGGCGGGUACACGGGCGGCGCCCUGGCAUCCCGCAGCGUCUGGCUGUGGCUGGGCGUUCUCGACGCAAUCCAGGGCCUGGGCUUCGGUAUGAUCCUGCUACAGACCCUGACCCGCAUGCACAUGUGCUUCACCCUCAUCGUGUGCCAAGUGCUGGGAUCCAUCGCCACGAUCUGCGCCCGAGCCUUUGCGCCCAACAACGUCGGCCCGGGCCCUAUCUCGCCCGAUCCCACCUUUGGCGCGAGUGCCGUGGCGAACGCGUGGUUCUGGAUCGGCCUGAUCUUCCAGCUGCUCAUCUGUGCUGGGUUCCUUCUCUUCUUCCGCAGAGAACAACUCUCCAAGCCCUAA